AUUUGAUAGAGUGCAUAAAGUAAAUGGAACACUUAAGAUGAAUAGGAGGGAGUAUUAAAAUUCGUAAAUGGAAAAAGACUGCAAAUCACCCGAGCUAAAAAAAGCCAUCCCAAAACCCUAGCAAUAACAUUUCUUCUAAAACCCCUACUUUGAUUCCUUAUAUUCCAGAAGCCGCCUUCUUCCAGUUCCUCCAUUUUUGUCUGUAAAAGUAGAUUUGGGUUCUUGAAGGAAUUCUGUCAAGUAGAAAAACAAACAAUGCCGAAGAAUGGAAAGGAUAGAACCAUGGAAAGUAAUGCAGAUUUCUUGCCAUUAGAAGGUGGUCCGGCUCGUAAGCUUCCCAAAGGUGAAGAUUUAGAUAACAAAGCUACUGUGGUUUAUAUUGGAAGGAUUCCACAUGGCUUCUACGAGGAUGAAAUGGAGGGUUUCUUUCAACAAUUUGGAACCAUUAAGAGAUUAAAAAUUGCACGAAACAGGAAGACUGGAAAAUCUAAGCACUAUGGUUUCAUCGAAUUCGAGUAUCCAGAGGUUGCAAAAAUAGUUUCAGAAUGUAUGCACAAUUAUUUGCUGCUUGAGCACAUGCUGCAAGUACACUUAAUUCCUCCAGAGCAUGUACAUCCUAGAUUGUGGAAAGGUUUAAAUCGUAAGCAGAAGGUGCCAGUUCAUUUUGUUCAAAUAGAAAGGUUUAAGCAUAACAAGGAUAGGACACUGGAGGAGCACAAGAAAUUGCUUAAAGCAAUCCUGAAGCGAGACAGGAAACGAAAAAGUAAAAUAGAGGCUGCUGGCGUUGAUUAUGAAUGUCCUGAAAUUGAGGGUGUUAACCUGCCUGCUCCAAAGAAAAUUAGAUUUGAUUGACGAUAGCUAGUCUUUCUAAAAAACGCGAAGUUUUAUCUCAGUAAGCAGCUAAAUACACUGCACUGAAGUGAAUACCAAUGAGCUACGAAGCCGCGCCUUUUUUGCUGUUAUAGGCUUGCUUAAUGCUACAAUUGAUCACACAAGUUCUUUUCUCUGUGUAUUUUCGGGUUCGGGUUCUCUUUUUUACCAUUUGGUAUGUUCGACUUUAUGAUUUUUCGUCUGAUUUAUUUAUAAGUAGUUUUUAGACUCUAUUCCGAACAUUAUUUAUAAGAAUAGAGUCAAAUUUGUUAACAAAUGUAGAAUCAAAUCAAAAACUUUUAAUUUUCGUUAACUUAUAAUAUAUGGUUGCUUAAUAUAUGCUACUAAUAUAUAGAAUCAAAUGUUGUA